UAUUCUGAUCUGCGGAUCAGCUGGGCGAAGCAAUAACAUCACAAACAAUAUCUGCUGAAAAAACCACACAAGCUGCAGAUGCUACGACUGAAACGUCGUGUAAAUCAGAACUUACACGCAGAUUUCUUCUAAGAAGAAAGACUUUUUCAUUCUUUUGUGAAUUUACUACCUCAUAUAAAAAGAAUACCUAAAGCUAUGCUUUAAGAUCUUUUGUUGUUUUUAAUUGUGUGGUCGUCGCGUUUACAACUUGAAUAAUUUUGCAGGUAAGCCAGAUCUUUGCACCAAGUGAGACCUUAUAUUAUACUGCGCCUUCUCUGAGACUCAAAAAAGGCCAAUACACCUGUGAUCAACCUGCCACCUGUUACAUCACUGAAAAAAAACAACAACAUUAGUAACUAUAGUUAAUAAAACAGCUAUUUAAAAACCUUCUAAGGCAGCUAUCCCUCAGGAAACAAAAAACUGUGACCUUUGACCUCCGAGGCAGUCAUGUUCCAGCGGAUCAGCAGUUUGUUCUUUGGAAGCGUGGAUGAAGUUACUCCAGAGCUGAAGGGACCAAAGCCCUGUGUGAGUGAGGCUGAUGAAGAAGGAUGGCUCCUAGUCAAUCUGCACGGUGAGGAUGGGCCAGAGGCAGCUUCAGUAGCAUGUGCCCGUCCCCGCAGUGAAUAUCAUGCAUCUCCGAAAAGUGGCCCCUCUCCUCCUACCUGCAGAAACCGCAGAACUAGAGCAGGCAGAAUACAGGCAGCACAUCCUUUCCCCAAUUCCAUCAGCUCUCCUCCUGACCCAACCUCCUUCUCUCACCUUGAGUCAGUAGAAGUGAAUGUGUUGUUAAGCGAGCGGGGCUCGUGCUCCUGUAGUGACUGCAGCAUGGAUGAGAGCUGGUUUGUCACCCCUCCCCCCUGUUUUACUGCAGAGGGAGCCACAGCGGAGGCCAGCCCCAUGGAGGACCUCCUCAUCGAGCACCCCAGCAUGUCUGUGUACGUCUCACCUGGCCCUCUCCCUGCGGUGGAAGAGAGCACUACUAGUCUGGCUGGCAGUGUCAGCAGGAUGUCUGAAUCAGCAGUGCCCGCUGUGACCAGGAGCAGCAUGCCCACACGGGUGACCCGAGGAGCAGCCGCACAGGCAGGUGCCCUAGCUAAAGUCACCCAAGUCUCCAGGGUCCAGAAGGCCAAAGCCCGCACUGAGCGUCGCCACCUAGCACGCAACCGCAUGCAGCGCCAAAACCGUGUGCGUGAACAGGUCCAACGGCGCACAACCCACACCCGCAACUCCUUCCUGCACCAACCGUGCCAGCGCAACUUCUGCCACUGAGGCAUUAAAGUUUACAUAGAGGGCAUUAUUACACACCCCAAGAAACCCACACCUCCCAAUGAAUCCCCUACCUUCUCAACUGACCUAUAAAGUCCUUCUUUUGCUUUUACUGGUUUAAUGUCCAUGUUGUUAUUCAGUUUCAUAUUAAUUAGGUUUGUCUUUGAGCACAAGCCAGUUUAUCUAUAUCCUCUUUCCACUCUUAUCUGGAAGCCCACCACCAAGCACAAUUACUCUAAGACGAUUCAAAUAUUUGCUUAAAUGCCCAUGUACCUCCACUGACACCUAAAUCAGUUUCCCUACUGGGAAUAGAGCUGAAAAGGAGACACGUGUAAACUCUGUAUCUUUACAUACAUCCUACAUGUAUAACAAUGACACUUCAGGUACAUUGGCACUGUUCGUUGAAAUGUAUUGAGGAUAAUUUUCAAAAAGAAAGAACCAACUACUGAAUGCUUCACAGAAAUAUGACUCUAAUAUUUCCAAAAGAGAUUCAUACCUAGUAACGUCACAUUGGAAAAUUUGGACUACAGCAAUGAAAAGGUCACUUAAAGGCAACAAGAAUGAAAAGUAUGUAGAUAAAGGUGUAAGCAAGAAUAGUAAACGGAUAAAAAGCAGCUGAGAGUUUGCAGAACAAGACAAAUCUUGCUAGGUGUGUUUGUAAAGAGGUCAUUUCAAAGUAGAUUUUGCUGUCUGAUUUUCAUCAUAGUGGUGCUAACUUUGUGGUAAUUCAACCCCCAAACAAUUUCCUUUAAUUGCUUGCUAUUAUAUGACCUCUGUUCCUAAAACUAGUGAGCUGUCUUCUUAAACAGCAUUUAGGAAACACCUUUUGUAGGUGUGUUUCCGCAAAGGCAGUAUCCUGCCAAAAGAAGGCAGUUCCAGUAAAGAAAUUUGAUGGUGGAGAAAGCGGGCACUGUCAAUUCUGUACAUACUCUGAAUGGGAAAAAAUACCCCAGUGUAUUUAAAAAUAGAUAUUUUCACCCAAUAUGUAUGUGUGCUAUGAAUUUGUGCUUAUUAGAGCGUUGCCUUGCAUUAGCUUAGCAACGUGCUAACAUCAAACUAUUGGAAUCUGUAACUGUAAGCAUCAAAGCUCUUGUGCACUUUAGAACUCAUUCAGUACCAAAAUGUAUAGAAAACAGCUUAGCAACAUGUCACCAUCAAAGUAUAUUGAAAUCUAUUUUAAGAGUCUUUUGAGGCAGCUUAAGGAAUCUAGCUCACUAGAUUUUAAAACAGAGCCUUCAGGUAAGCUGAGGUAGGGUCCAUCAUGGAUAGUACUCAUACUAUGCCAACAACACAUUACUUAGAAGACUCAUUAUUAUUUUUCAGGGAAGCUGAAGUAUAGCUCCCUGUCAAUAUCAGAUCUAAUAGGAAGUGAUAACAGGAGUAUCAGGGCAAUGUGCAAUGACUUUACAGGUCACAUGAUCAACAUAUAGAACUGAGGAGAGGUUCCAAUAGGCUAUAGAUAUAAUUGCCUUUAGAAUGUGCAGGAUAGUAUAGAUUGUGACUCUUUAUUUGCUUCAUGGAAGAUUGCGGAUGUGUGAAUCUAACAAAACACAUCAAGAUGGCUGCAAAAUACAAUUGCUAUUGAAUUUGGGAUACCUUUGGGAUGUCUUCGUGAGAUUGACCUGAUGCUCUACAAAAAAAUCACUGUCCCUUCAUGUGUUUGUCCAUUGCAAAGUUUUGAAGUUUUGUAGCUCAAAAGUUCCCCAUCCAGCACUUAAUGCUUAUGUGAGAAAUCACUGUGACCACAGAGACAAAGAACGAAAAUGUUUCCCAUGACCAUUUCUCUGUUUGUCACAACAUCCGUUUUCAGACGAUGUCAUUAUUUGCAUUUCAUCAUACCUCUUAAAUACUGAUUAUACGAUUGUGCUUUCAUUGUAUACUGAUGUCUGUCUGUCAGAGGUUGCUGCAGGUCUCUCUUUUGACGGACCCAGCACACAUGCACUCACACUAACGCAUUCGUCCAAGCCUGAAAUGUGCUCUUCCUUGAUAGUCAGCUCUCGGCACAUUUACAGGAAAUGCGUCCACCACAUUGUGAUCUAUCUUAUAUGUGUAUUCAGUAAUGAAUAGACUAAUAAUGGUGCUGAAAGUAUAUAAUUAUAUGACUGUUUGUACAUUUUUUUUUUUUUUUUUUUUUUUUUUUUUUUUUUUUUGAGAUUUUAAGAAGUUUGCACUGUCUUACGUUUUAUGGAGAAUCAUGGUAUUUAGCAGUAUGCUGUUUUUGUUUGCAAUGGUGAAUGAGAUGCCAACAUGCAUGAGUUGGGGAAAAAAGCUACCGAUAGAGGUAAACAAUUAGUUGCAUUUAAAUGUAUAUAACUGCAAACUAUUUACAGUUCAGUGUUUGCAUUUUGAAACAUCACCUUCCUGUUCUCAUGGUAUCGUUUAACCGUAUGUUGCUCCAAAAACUUGAGUACAUUUACUUCCGCUGGGUAUUUUAUGAUACGAACCAACAUUUGCCAUGUUGUCAAUACCAUCGUUGGGCUGUUUUUGCAUUAAGAGGAUUUGAUUUUACAUGCAAUUUUCUUUUAUUUCUUCUGUCAGUAAGAAUUCUUCUUGUAGUCUUUCCUAUCACCUGCCAAAAUCUGUAAAACUAUUAUUGUAGUAGGCUAUCUAAAGCUAUCUGUUAACAAAAUAAUGUAAGUAUAAUGUAAAUCUAAAUAUGCUUUUAUUUCUUUCUUUAUUUGCAUCAGACUGUUUCUACAUCAUAUUGACUCCACAGAGAGUGCAGUACGAAUGUCAGUGGUGUAUCUAGGAAAAUCCAAUGCCUGUAGCCUUACAAGGGUCCUUAACAUCGUCCACUUGAAGGUCCUCUUCUAUUUACAUUGUUUCUUUGUGUUAGAUGAAGUGGACAAGGCAAUAUCGCGUAAUGAACAGUCAGUGAUCUCCACCCGCUGAACAGAUUUACCGCUGUUGUUCAGCGUAACAGCUGGGCACUCUGUGUUAUUUUUCAUUAUGUGUGUGUGUGUGUGUGUGUGUGUGUUCACCAUAAUUCAUUUAAUUUGUGGGACUAGAAUGAUGUUCGUUAGACCUCAUGAGAGGCUGGUGGAAGCGAUAAUUAUUUGUGUUUUAAUAGAGGGUUGACUGAAAACAUGAAAUGAGAAAAGACAACAAAAAUAAAUAUGCUUGUAUUUUUUUCCUCAUAUUGUUAUUAGAAGAGAUGUUCACCUUAGUAACAAAGUACAAAUAGAGUAUUAAAAAAUGACUGGUGUAUAUGA